AUGGAUUAUACACAGAUUGAUAGAAGUAUAUUUCAAAAUGUUAAUCCAGAAUUUGUAUACACAGAAGGUCAAGAUUAUAAAGGAAGAGGUAAAUUUGAAUUGGCCUUAGGAUUAAUUGGUUGGAGUAUGGGAGGUGCAUUUGCAGUGGGUUGUACCCGUGGAGCUAUUGGUGAAUUAUUAAAUCCAGAUACAAAACAAUUAUCCGGAAGACCUUGGGUAACAAGAAUGAUAAACGGUACCAUGAAGCAUGGUUCAGGAUAUGCUCAACCAGCAGGAGCUAUAAUGGUUUACUAUUCUAUUUUAAAUAUAUUACUUGGAAAAGUGAGGGCUGAAGAUGAUUUUAAUAGCAUUGGUGCUGGAGCACUUGCAGGAGCUUUGUACCGUUCUCCAUACGGAUUAAACGCUAUAUUAAAAGCAUCAGGUGUUGGAGCUUUUGUUGGAUUACUAGCUUUAAUUAUUAAUCCAGAAAGUAGGAUGAGAAUAAAAGAUACUCUUUUAAGGUAG